AUGACAGUUGAUACUCAAAUCGAGAACAAUACUAUAACCACCACUGCUCCUGCUGAUACAAAAGAUGCUGCCGUCGCUGACACUACCAUUGCUCCCUCGGUUCGUUCACAAAGCACGGCUUCCGAUAAAUCAUGGGACGCACAAUCAACAACAACAGAAUCAGUAGAAACGGUUGAAACAUCAUCUGCUCAACCAACAUUCGAUCCUCAAUCAGAACAACAACAACAACAACAACAACAACCAGCACGGCGAAGGGAUCGAGGUCUUACCAUCACACAAAAGGAUGUACCAUCCACAGAAUCAAACCCCGAAGCACAGCAACAAGAGGAUGACAAACUUGAUGAUCAAGAGAGUAUCAAUGACACCACCGAUUGGGAAUUCUGGUCUCGAGUGGUAUCGGACUUUGCAAGCGUGAAUAAGACCGAGCGACAAGUGCUAUCCCUUCAUAUUCAACGAGGGAUGCCACCCUCUUUACGCGGCAUGAUUUGGCAGCUGUUUGCAAACUCAAAGAAUGUCACUUUGGAAGAAAAAUACUUGCAACUUAUCAAUGAAGACUCAGUAUACGAGAAAGCCAUUGCUCGUGAUCUCCCUCGUACCUUCCCAAAUCAUUCCUAUUUUCAAAGCAAGGCCGGUCAGGAAGCGCUCUUUAAUGUCGUAAAAGCCUAUUCCUUGUACGACGCGGAUGUCGGGUACUGCCAAGGUUUAUCUUUUAUUGCUGGUCCUUUACUAUUAAAUAUGCCAGAAGAGGAGGCGUUUUGUGUCCUUGUACAGCUCAUGCAACGAUAUGAUCUCCGCGGUCAUUUUGCUCCACAACUUGAUUUGCUUCACCAGCGACUAUACCAGUUUGACGGCGUGCUCAACGAUCAUUUACCACACAUCCAUCGUCAUUUUGAAAGCCAAGGCAUUCGUUCUUCAAUGUACGCUUCUCAAUGGUUCAUGACUCUCUUCGCCUACAAGUUUCCCCUUGACUUUGUAUUCCGUAUCUAUGAUAUCCUUUUGGCAGAGGGCAUCGAAGCUAUCUACAGCUUUGGUUUAGCACUCAUCCAAAAAAAUCAAUCCACCAUUCUCAGCCUUGAAUUCGACGCUUUGGUCAAUUAUCUCAAAAACGACAUGCUGGAUGUGUACAACAAUGAUGCAGCGGAACUUAUUCGUGAUGCAUACCUCAUCAAGAUCUCACCAAAGCGAUUUAAUCGUCUUGCAAAAGAAUAUCGAGUUGAAGCAGCACGUGCAAAUAGCGAAGCUGAAGCCAUUGAUACAUUGAAAAAGCAAAACAAGGGAUUAUCGGAGACCGUUCGUAACCUCGAGAGCAGCAUGACUGAGCUUAACCGAGAACAUGCACAAAUUGCGAACGAGUUGAUAGAAUCAAAGAUGGAUGUUGCUCGUAUCAACGAUGAAAAUGAUGCAUUAAGGCAACAAUCACAAGAUCUUAAGCGUGCUUUGGAGACGUUACCAGGCGAGAUAGAAGCCCGUGUCAAGGAAGAGAUGGAAAUCUUGGUGACCAAGAAUGCAGCUUUAGUGCAACGCAAUUCAGCUUUGGAAGAUCAAAUGGCUUAUAUGGAGAAUAUGGUGGCAGAGAUGAAGGCAAAGUAUGAAGAAAGCGAAAAAGAUCGAGAGAUACUACGCCAACGACUAUCAGAAUUGAAAAAGCUAGUUGAAUGA